AAACAAUACGCAUUAAUAUUAUUUCAUUGGAAUCAUAAAUAUUCUUCACAACCUUCUCCCAUUCCAUCGUUAUUAUCACUCCUUCACCAACUCCCAUGGCGGCCGUGGCUGGUUCCUCCUCCGCCGCCACCACCGUUCCCUCCUCCGCCCGAUGCCCCCGUUCCCUUCCCCCACCGCCUUCUCAACUCUCCUUCCCUCGCUCUCGCCUCUCUCUCUACCCCACGUGCCAGCUUCUCUCCAAUAAUUCCCCCUCCCAAAACUCUGUCGCAUCCAAAGCUUCCCCUCUCGAAUUGCUCAAGACUUCCUCCGCCGACAGAUAUACAAGGGAAAAGAGUAGCAUUAUUGCCAUAGGGCUUAAUAUUCAUACGGCUCCGGUUGAGAUGCGUGAGAAACUUGCGAUCCCAGAAUCGCAGUGGCCUCAGGUUAUUGCAGAACUCUGUGCCUUGAACCAUAUAGAAGAAGCAGCUGUUAUUAGCACAUGUAACCGUAUGGAGAUCUAUGUGGUGGCUCUCUCUCAGCACCGUGGUGUCAAAGAGGUUACUGAGUGGAUGUCUAAGGUAAGUGGGGUUCCAAUACCAGAGCUUUGUAAGCACCAGAUUUUGCUGUAUAACAGGGAUGCCAUGCAGCAUCUGUUCGAGGUAGCGGCUGGGCUUGACUCUCUUGUUCUUGGGGAGGGUCAAAUUCUUGCUCAGGUGAAACAAGUGGUGAAAGCUGGAGAGGGAGUGGCUGGCUUUGAUAAGAAAAUCGGUGGUUUGUUCAAGAAUGCUAUCUCUGUUGGAAAGCGGGUUCGAACUGAGACUAAAAUUUCAUCUGGAUCAGUUUCUGUCAGCUCUGCUGCUGUGGAGCUGGCACUGAUGAAGCUUUCGGAAUCUUCCUUUGCUGAUGCUAGAGUAUUAGUGGUCGGAGCAGGAAAGAUGGGGAAGCUUGUGAUCAAACAUUUGGUGGCAAAAGGAUGCAGAAGAAUGGUUGUUGUUAAUAGAACUGAAGAGAAAGUUAAUGCCAUUCGGCUAGAGUUGAAAGAUGUUGAAAUAGUGUUUAGACCUCUUUCAGAUAUGCUAGCUUGUGCUGCUGAAGCUGAUGUGAUCUUCACCAGCACAGCGUCUGAAUCCCCAUUGUUCACUAAAGAGAAUGUGCAGAUGCUUCCUGUAGUUAAACAAGGUGAAAGAAGACGCCUUUUUGUUGAUAUAUCAAUUCCUAGGAAUGUGGAACCAGGUGUCUCGGAUUUGGAGACUGCCCUUGUGUACAAUGUGGAUGAUCUGCAGGAAGUUGUAGCAGCUAACAAGGAAGACAGGCUUCAGAAAGCUGCAGAAGCCAGGGGAAUUAUCCAAGAGGAAUUGAAUAAAUUUGAAGCCUGGAAAGACUCUCUGGAAACUGUCACUACUAUCAAGAAGUUUAGAGAUUAUGUUGAUAGGAUCAGAGCCUCUGAGAUGGAGAAGUGUUUGUCAAAGAUGGGUAAUGACGUCUCAAAAGAACAUAAAGAUGCAAUAUAUUCCCUUAGUAUAGGUAUUAUGAAUAAGCUACUUCAUGGUCCUAUGCAGCACCUUAGGUGUGAUAGGAAUAGUAGUCGUAGUCUGAGUGAAGUACUUGAGAACAUGCGUGCUCUUAACAGAAUGUAUGAUCUCGAGACAGAAAUAUCCUUGAUUGAAGAAAAGAUCAGAGUCAAGAUGGGACGGGCCCAGAAGAAGUAAACUCUUAAAUUGAUUUAAUUAUGUGAUUCUUGGGGCAGCUGCAACCCUCACCAUUUUUUUUACACUAUAUAGUAGAUUCACGCCCAAUGGAGGCUAAUUCUUUUUAGUUGUUUUUUACAUAUACUGAUGUGACUAUACAUCGGCGCCACAACCAAAUUCCACAUGUAUUUUUCGAGAUGUUCUCAAUACAGAGUCGUUGACAACAGAUGAUUGUUGUAGUUUUAAUUACAUCAAUGCAUAUAUUUU